AUGCCGUCUCCUGCGACACCCAAACGCCCCCCCAACAGUGGAGGCACUGCGAAAGCCAAGCCACUGGACAUUGGGGAGCCGCUGGGGGUCCACGACACAAACACCGUUCGAUCUCGAGUACGGAAAUGGCAGCAACAAGGCGGCGGAGUGAUCACGAUCGAUGACGUCUGCGCGAAUGAAGAUGAAACUGCCGCGAAGCCAAAGCCAAAGCCAGCCAAAGCCAAGGCAGAAAGGCUAGAGCGACCGAAGGACACUCCCCCGCGCACGCCGCGCAAACGAGUGGUCAGCGACGAACACUGGAAAAAGACACGGAAUCGAGCCUCGACACAAUCCUCGUCGCGUAACCUACCUCCACCCAAGCGCAUAUCCGAAUACACCACGAACGAUGGACAGCCGAGAUCAUCGCGAUCGAGACGCAACGACAGCGAGGACGAGCGAGACAUACCUCGACUCUCAAAGCGAAGCUCUGGGGCGGGCCCCAGAUCUCCGGUUCGAGACUCCAUGCCUAGCACUCGCAAUAUCCAUAUAAUCACCGAGAGCGACUAUGAGACAGACAACGGCAGGCCCGAGGCGGCCUCAGAACUCUCAGAAAGGCACAGGAACCGAUCGCCUCCUCCUGAGGAUGCAUGGGCAGCGAGUGAAGGAGACUUUUCCGAAUUGUCAAAGAGACGUGCUCGCGGUGCGCCAAAACCGCCAAAAGGGGGUAUAUUCGCGCAUAUGAUCGAUGAGUCUAAGAAGAUGUUUGGGAAGCCUGAGCCAGAACCACCCAGACCUACGCCUACUCCAACCACAGGCCGUGGGGCCAAGAUCGAGGCGUGGUUGUCUGAGACACCAGACCCUUUUCUGGACGAAGUCGAGAACAAGAGUGAUUUGCCAGCCCCCCUCGAUCUAAAAUCAGGUCGAGCAAGGCGGUCCAAGAGACUUGCAGAUGGAGAGCUUCAGGCUGGCACUGAGUCUGAACCAUCUGUAGUUAGCGAGUCUCGCCCGAAGAGCGCCGAGAGCCGACACUCUAAAGGAAAGGAGAGCAUCUCUUCAAGCGAUAAGCCCUCAAAGUCCCAAGAGCCUGAUACAGGUGACGAGUCGAAACGAUCAAGCAUAGACAAGAGUUCAAAGUCAUCGACCAAAAGCAAAGAAGAGAAGCCGGUCCAGGAAAAACCACACGAGGAAAGCAUCGUACCCUCGGAGUCCGGAACACAGCCCUUGUCUGAAGACUCUGAAGUUUCGGGCCAUAAUGCACCUGUGCCACUGGGCCGUAGCAAACCUUUCCCCAGCACCGGCUACCAUCGACUAUCUACGAUUGCUUCAGUCGAAACCCUCAGCACGACCCUCACAGAUGCAACUGCACCCGCACCCAAGAAGGCAGCGGCCGAAAAGCGCCAGUCGAAGAUCGAUGAAGAAGCGGAAGAAGCAGCAGAAGCGGAGAAGGACGACCAAUUUGAUCCUGAAUCCCUCCCUGUGGUGUCGUCACAGCUGAAACGACGGCUCACAACUCACAAUGAUCUUAUGUCUGUUCUAUCAAUUUCGACAUCCCGAAGGGGAAGCACUCGAUCUAACCGCAGCAUCCGUACCAAUAAGAGCCGCCUGGCCCAUGCGACAGUUGACGACCUGCUGCAAGAGCUCGUGGGCGAUGAGACAAAGUAUAUGCGGGAACUGAAGACAUUGGUCGGUGGUGUCAUCCCGGUGCUCCUGACUUGUGUGCUCUCCAGAUCCGAUUCGGCCAUUGCUGCAGGUCUUUUCCGCCCUUCUCUUGAUCCUCAAGAUGAUGUAAACUUUUCGAAGCCCAUUGUCAACAUGGGCGUUGCUAUCGAGCGCUUGAAGAACCUGCACAAGCGGAUUCCACAGGAUAACGCGGAUGCAUUGCUUACCUGGGCGCAGGGUGCUCAGAGAGUUUACCGCGAGUACCUGAAGGCAUGGAGACUUGGGUUCAAGGAUGUCAUUGUCAAUCUCGCUCCUCUUGAGGAGGACGAGGCCUCUCAAAAUGCGGACACUAAGAGUCUAGACGAAGGCUUGGAGCGGGAUGAGAAUGGAGAUAUCAUCGACAGUGAUGGAGAAAAGGUCGAUGUCGCCUAUCUUCUGAAAAGACCCUUAGUGCGAUUGAAGUAUUUGGCAAAGAGUUUCAAGGGUAUCAAUGUGCUGGAGCCUUCGACCAAAGCUGAGGAAAUGGCCAACGCCUACCAAAGUCUGGUCUACGAUGCUCGCAAACGUGUUCGAGACGAAAGAGCCAGAUUGGAAGAUGACUCCGCUGCUAGCAUUGAUCCUACCCGCACCAGAGACCCCAUGACGUUGGGUGUCCUUCGGGGUAUAGCUGUUGAUCAGACCCGCCGUGUCCGAGCUCGUGAUUUCUUUAACCUAUCUCUAUACCACUCGAGUGGUCAGCUGGUAGAUUGCCGAGCCGAGCUGCUGUAUCGAGACAACACCCCGAGCAAAGGCCCGGGAGGUGAUCUGCUCAUUUGUGAGAUCGACCACUCUGAUCGCUGGCUGCUUUUCCCCCCAUGGAUGGGAGAAUCAAAACACGAGAUUGUGCUUAUGCUGCGCAGUGCGCCCGGGGAUAGCACCAAGUACUGGCAAGAACUGAUCUCACUUCGCAUUGACGAAGAAGAGGUCGGAGCUGAAUGGAUCAACUUGCUUGGUUCGGAUCCUAUUCCACCAUCAAUCUGUCGAAGCCAAAGCUUCAUCAGCCGAGCCAAGCAGAAUAGGGCUCGCAAGCCUACUGCCAGUGGCUCUCCCCCUAGGCCAAAUCCCAAUGAUGUUGAUGUUCCAAUUGGCGAGAAGGCCACCGGAAGACGUCGCUCACUGACUCCAAAGGAGCACUACUCUGAGCCCAGUACUGUCAGCUCUGCUACCGACGCAAGAAGUUCCAUAUACUCCUCUGCCACCCGGGAAACCGACUAUACCACGGGAGAAUCAGAGUUGUCAGCAAAGCCAUCCCGGUCUGAUCUGCCUCUACUUCCAUCCACAGAUCCCCGGAACUCGCCUUCUAGCCCCGAAAAGUCUUCCGCAGGACUCAAGCGAUCCAAGGCUAAGAGACUUUCUCGCUAUGGCGAAAGCCCAGCUUCAGAGACUGCAUGCCCACAGACUGUCGUAUCUGACAAGCCCGAUGACAGUCCCAUUGUGUCUCCACCAGUAGCUACACCGGCACCAAGCACGCCGGCUGCUACCACACCAACGGCGGGCAGAUUCUAUGGUGGCGAGAAGUCUGACUCUGCGGACGCGAGUUCUCCAAGCCAAAAGCCGUCGAGAAUCCCCCAGAAGACCCCACAGAAGUCGCCGCAGAAGACACCUGCUCGAGAGUCUCCCGAGCCUGAAUCCCCAAGGGUAUCGUCCGUGCCCUCGGCAGUUCUGCCUCUUAUCCCUAAGAUCCGAACUCCCAGUAGCCAGACCCACCUGUCUACUCCCACAAGCAUCGACGACGAUGAAGAAGACUAUCCACCGCUUGAUGCUCUACCAGAGCGCGAUGUCCCAGAGACCCCGACAAGAUCCAAGAGAAAGAAGUCUCGCAGGAGGCACAAGUCAUCUGAUGACAGCCCUCCCCCCCCCCCGCCUCAUCGCUCCCCUAGCCCUUCCACCGGCAAGCGUUCGAGUACUCCAGUCCUCACUUCUAGCAAUGGUGGGCUCAAGCGUCGCGGCUCUUCUCCCCUGAAGCACGAAUAUGAGCCCUCGACCGCUUCGGACUACACAGAGACUGAUUCGGACGCGUCUACUGUCCGACACUACUCAUACUCCUCAUCGGAGUACUCUCGAUCCGCUGGUUCAUCUGAUUCCGAGGACGAAUAUUCAUCGGUAUCUGACGAAGAUGAAGAUUAUGAAGACACCCCCAAGGCUAGAAUGGCCGAAUCCACUCUCGAGGGUAGCUCUCUCUCGCCUUCCAACUCUGCUUCACAAGGUGGGUACCGUGCUGUGCCAUUGCAGCCAACCAAGACAUCCAAAACAGUUGCCGGUGUCUUUGCCUGGUCCGAAAAAGGAAGCUGGGAGACUCUGCUUCCUGACGACUGCGACAUUAUUGUCAGUCCUGGUCUGAUCGAAGCCUUCAAGAUGGGAUCCGAUCCCAAUUCAUCAUCAAGACCGCUUAUUUCGCUCGAACUUACACCACUCGUUCCUAUUCGUCGUGGCACUGCCAUUGACAUCAGCAUUCGCUCUCCUCCCACCGAGCGGUCCAAGAUCACAUCCAGUAAUAACAUUAUGUUCCGCUCGCAUAGCCCUGAUGACUGUGAUACCCUGUACGGCCUCAUCAACCAAGCAAGAAUCAACAACCCGACCUACAUCGCUCUCCAAAACGCCCGCGGACCAUUCAACGGUCACCCUGUUGCAUCCUUCGAGCCCGCCACCAAGACCGGCGGAGGCCUCUUCGGCUGGCCCCGCCGUAGAAAAAGCUACCGUGCCUCCAGCUCCCCCCGUUCUCUGGCCGAAGGGUCCGAAAGCAGCGUAGGGACCAUGAGUAGCGCCUUCUCCGCAUUGAAGCGCUUCGGCGCCGGCAGCAAGAUGUUCAACAUCUCCCGCUCAACAAUCGAAUCCCGCACCGGCCGCGAAGACAGCAUCCACUCCGGCUCCGGUGACUCUGGCACAAACCCAUCCCCGAACUCAGGCAUCGGCCGCAUAGCAGCAGCAAUCAAGGGUGCCGACGGUAUCGGUCUCUCAAACGCCAAAAUCCGCCUGUACGCCCGUGAAUCCGCAUCCAAAUGGCGCGACAUGGGCGCCGCCCGUAUGACAAUCAUGCCUGCUCCACCCAAGAACCCAUCCCGCCCGGGUACAGCCGUCAGUGGCCGCAGCGAUAGCAGUUUGCAGAGGGGUGAUACAGACGGUGCGAGUGGCAGCUCGCCACCAGCUUCCGGCGCAGCAUCUCCACGCCGCGGCAUGGAGACCGAAAGGCGUAUUGUCAUUCGUGGCAAGACUCGCGGCGAGACUCUAUUAGAUGUCUGUCUAGGUGAAAGUGCCUUUGAGCGUAUUGCUCGUACGGGUAUUGCUGUUUCCAUUCGCGAAGAGAAUGAAGACGGGUCCGUGGCUAAGAAGGGUGGUGUUGCUACGGGCUCUGGCAAAAUUUUCAUGAUCCAAAUGAAGAGUGAAGCUGAAGCAGCUUAUACCUUUGGGCUUGUUGGUAAGCUUAGGUAUUAG